CUUGCUUCGUUUCGUCAAACCUCGCUUGUUGUCAGGGUGUUUAAUCCAUUUCGCUAUACCAGCUGUGCGUACGGACAGCGCACAGCGUAUUUUUGUUCGUCCGCUCUACGGAGUGCUCAUAAUUUUUAUAGUAGAGCUUUUCUUUUAUUUUUGUUGGAACUUGCCUUAUCGUUGUAGGGAAAAAAAAUAACAAGAAAAACGAGUUCACCAAUUCCGAUUUCAAAAAAGAGGACUUUGAUCCAGCUAUGAAUGUUGUCAAAAACUGUAUGCAGAUUCAUAUGACUUUUAACUUUGUUACAUGACAUUCAGUUUGGCCUGAUUUGUGACCUGUAGUUCCAAAAACUGAUUAAAUCUAUUCUUCAAUACUUCAAAUUUUAUAUGCAUCUCUUACUGCAUGGAAUAAAUAAGACUAUGUGCAAGCACAAAUCAGGUGGAAUGAAUAAACCAUCCAGAACAACUUCUCAUGAUGGCCUCGAUGAAAGAACAACUGCCUCAAUCUCUAGUCAAGGCUGCCCUCAAAGCACAAGCGUAAUAUCCAAUCCUCAGAUCUCCAACCCUGUCACUCAGAAUCAAGAAAUCUCCUGCAGCUCACAAGUAAGGAAAUUUUCAACAACUGCUGUGGUCAAUAUGCAACCUCCCAAAUGCAGCAGCUCCUGUGAUACAUAUGGUUUCCUUCCAAACAACGAUAAUCCACCAUGUGAUUCAGAACAAUAUGAAGGCAUGUCUUUCAUGCCCAAUGUCCAAGAAAGCCCACAAGAGUUCUUGGAGUCUCAGGACUCAGAUGAUGAGGAUACAGAACAGUCACCAAUGCUGCUAAAAGAAGCAUGUGGCAUGUACUGCAGUCCUCAAGAUCAGUGGCAUCCAAAUAUAUUGCCAGGGGAGGAACUAGGCCAAACUAUUCUCAAUCCUAACCACUUUAAUGCUUGUGAUCCAUAUCCCUGUUCAGCCAUGGACCGGAGAGAGAAAGCAUCCAACUGUGAUAAUUUUCCAUUGUAUCAUAAGUACCGAGCACGAACUACAACUCAAGAACCAGUAUCGUAUAUUCAAACGCCAUACCAUGUUGCUGUGGCUUGCCCAAGUUACUUUGAAAGUACAAUUAAUAAUUUUGAUGAACAUCCUGUAGCAAGUUUAAAUGAACACAACUAUGAAACUAAACACAAGAAAAAGUGGUUGCUUAAUCAGAAAUGUAAAAGUGCCGAUAGUGAACCGGAUACUUUUAGUAGUCGACUCUCAUCUGCAUGCAAACGAGGUGUGUCUCCAGUCAGUUACAAUUAUGUUCAAGGUCACAGUACAAAUAUCUUAGAAACGCACAUCAAUGAAUGUAACUCUUAUUUGAAACCAGUGUAUGCAAAUAAUGGUGAUCCAAUUGCUGGACCUAGUGGAUUACAACGUCCUUGUAGUAUUAACUGGGAAAUAGGUGCAAAUACUGGAGAUAAUGAAUUCAGAAGUAGGAGUUACAGCCUGACUCCUACCAUAAAUUUUGCUGUUUUCGAAUCAGAAUCUUCUAGUGAGGCAGAAGAUGUACAAGAACCUAUGGUGCCUGAACCAAUUGAGGUACCGACAAUAAACGAUGCUAGUGGAAAGACUAUUGAUGAUCCAUUUGAACUGCCAGUAAUGUCUCUUGGCAAAGUCCUUCCUAUAUCACCAUCAGCAGCACAGUUGAGUAUUGCGAGCAGCUAUGGUGAUAAUGGCUCGCCCAUAUGCAAGAUCUGCCAUAUGACAGCAAGAGAAAAUGAUCCACUCAUUUCACCUUGUCGAUGUUCAGGAACAAUGCAAUAUAUACAUUGUGGCUGUUUAAUGAGGUGGCUUGAAGUAUGUCAUAAGAGAGGAAGGAGGCCUGCCAGCUGUGAACUUUGUCAAUAUCAAUAUCAUUGGCACAAAAAAUUUAAGAUUCGACACUGGCAAUUCCCACAGUGCUCCAGAAAAGAUAAAAUUCUCCAUUUAGUGUUUAUUUUUUCAGUGUUAUUAAUGAUUACAUGUGCAUCAUUGACAAUAAUGUUUUUUAAACAAGACAAAGGGACCAAGGUGGACUUGCAUCAAGAACUAACUCAGUCUGAAAUAGGAAAUCUUGUUUGUGGAGUGCUGUUCUUUGUGGCCUUUUUUGUUGCUAUUUAUGUUGAAGCAAAAUCUCAUGAUACUUUGUACAAGUUACUAGUCAAGUUUAUACACAUUAAUCAGCAAUGGUAUAUUGAUGAGUAUGAAAAAAAGGAACCAUCACCUGUGGCAGUUUGACAUUAGGAAUGACAUGAAGGUAUGCAAUACUUUCAGCUAGUGAAUGCAGACAGUCUCUAAUAACAUGCAUAUGAAUGCAUUUAUAACAACAAAAAGGAUAAAUAUACUCAAUACCUUUUUCCUUAUUAUAUGUUCCGUCUCAGUCCUUUUAAAAGAAAUCGGAAAAUUCACUUCUAAAAAAUUAUGCAACUGGCUUGUAUAUCUAGUUAAGAAAUUAGCAUUUUCUUUUUUACCUCUCUCAUGUUGUACAUUUAUAUCAUUCUGUAUAUAUUUUUCAGCUUCUACUUGUCGUAGCUCAGCACAUAGGUCUGACUUUUUAAACUCAAAGUUCUCUUCAUUACUAAAUUUAGUGUACAAUGAAAUGCAAAAUAUUUCACCUUUUCUCAUUUUUUUUAAUAAUAGGAAAAUAAUACCACUAUGUAUUAUAUAUUUUAAAAUUGAAAUAAAGUUUCUAGAUUUUAUUGAU